AUGUCCUACCUCUCCACCCGCACGCUGAACCCACCGCCCGGCUGCAUAAACUGGGACCACCGGGCCCUGCGCCCCCCGUCCUGGGUGUUGACCAUCCUGCCGCCGACCACCCGCAAACUCGUCGACCGCUGCUACCUACUCGCCUACGAAAGCCUACGCGUCCAACACCACGUGGAAAUCCACUUCGCCGCUCGCUACAAAGCCCUGUGCCCGGGUGCCUUUCCCAGCUCCAGCACCGAUCCAUCCAACAACCCCACAACACCAGCAGCCGAACCAACCCCAGCCGAACCAGCCCCAGCACCAGAUACAGGUACAGCGGCAGCAGCAGCAGCAGCAGCACCCCUACCAAAACCCAAACCCAACCCCGCCACCCUAAUAACGCACACCCAAUCCAUCGACCGCCUCUUCAACUGGCGCCGCGACUACAUCCCAGGCAGCCCGACGCUGGCGCCGUCGGCCAAGAUCCCGCGGUCCGCGGUGCGGUUCCACGUCGACCGGGCGGCGUUCGCGGCGUACGCGGCGCGGUACACGGCGCUACUGGACAUGUACCUGACGACGCACUAUCGGCGGUAUCGGGAGGCGGUGGCGGCGGUGGAGCGGUCGAUUGUGCUUCUCAGGAGCGGUGGCGGUACAGGCAGGAAUGAAGCGGGGGAAGGUGGCAGGGACGGGGACAAGGACACUGAGAAAGCGCGCGAGAUGCGGGAGCUCGACUGCCGGCAGCUGGAGUGGUGGUGGGGGGCGGUGUUUCUGCGGGAGACGAUGCGGUGGGAGAGGCGGAUUCCGUUGCUGCGGAUGCCGGCGUUUGAGGUCGUUGUUGGGGAGGUGUAUGAGGCUGUGAGGGCGGCGGUGGAGGAGGGGGAGGAGGAGGUGGUUUGGGAGGAGGGGGGAUUUGGGGGGUAUGAUUUGAAUUGUGGGCGUUAA